AAACCUAGGUUGUUCCAACUGUUUGCAGUGUAUGAGGGAUUCUUUUAGGUAUCCUCUUUUGGCUUUUCUCAAAGAGGUUUCAUUUAUGAAAUUAACAAGUUACACUAUAAUAAAUUUUAUUUCAUUAAUUCAUUUUUCUAGAACUAUUUGCUGGUUAUUCAGUUAUGGAGUUAUCAUGUACUUUGGAUUUGAGCAUUUGAAGAACCCUGGGUAGUCUUUAAUUCACACCAUAGAGAAGUAGCAAGGAGAAGGGAGGAAGCUUCUUGACAAUACAAAAUAUUAUUCAAGUAUGCCUUCUAGAUCAUAUAUGAGUCCUAAGUAUUAUGUCUUUACAAGGAUGUAUAGUCUAUGCAAUGAGUUAAGUGUUUUUGUUGAAAAUUUUGGUAGAAAGAAUAUUAGUAGGUGUUCAUGAUUAGUAUCACAUUCCUUGUGCCAGAUGGCUUUUUGUACAUAAAGAGAAGAGCGGAUGUAGCUUAGCUUAUGGACUCUCUGAUUAUAGAGAGUUUUAUAAAUUGGAAGCUUUGGCAUAGUUGUUGUGAACUUGGUCUCUAUUCAGAUAUUCAAUUUUUUUCCAUAAUUUGAAAUAUUUGCCUUCUCCUGGAGCCAUCCAAUACCAAGAGGUGCUGUCUGAUUCAAAGUUCCUUACAUUCCAGUAUCCAAAUAGGCCAAGUGCAUCCAAUUCUAAGAAGAUUGACCUCCUCAGGUAUAUUUUCUUAGACCUCAGCUUCUUUAAAACCUUCCCAUCCAUCCCUAAGUUUAUCCUCUCCAUCCCCAUAUCAGUAAGCAUUUGUAUCUUUUUAUCAAUCCAGACUUCAAAGCAACCCCUGAAAUCAAAUUUGUCAAUCCAUACGGUAAUCCCUGGAUGUUCCAAUUUUUUGCAGUGCAAUAGAUGAGGAAUACUUUUAGCUUAUGGGAGAAUGAUUCAAUUGUCCAAACAUUGAUCUAUUGAUUUCACAUAUUUAGAGAUGAUUCCAGAACUUAGCCUUAAACUCAGUGUCACUCUACAAAUUGAAGCAGAAGGAAUUAUACCAUACAUGACUUUAAGGUUAGAUUCUUCAGAACUCAUCAUUUUCUCAAAAAUUAGCCAUCAACUAUCACUCCAUAAAUGUUUGUGACUUAUGUCACUUUUCUUUAAUAUGUGUAAUUUUUUUUUUUUAUCAGUCAUGUCUGUUAUUUGGAUACUUUGAUAUGAAGUUAAUGAAGAAUAUUAAGAGUUUACAUUAGCUUUUAAAAUUUGGCAUUUGAUCAUUUACAUUGCAAAAUAUGUUCUUAUAAGACAAUUAAUACCAUUGAGCAUUAGGUCUCCUAAUUAACUGCUACUUUCAUA